GCGUAGCGAGUGCCAGUGGCGGUUGCAUGUAGAGCCGCAGACCGCAGUCGAGAUGGUGUGCUCCGUGGCUGCCACCGCCUCGCUCCUCCCCUCUCCUCCUCCCAAACCCACCGCCCUCGCCGCCGACGACCACCACGCCCGCCUCAGGGCGGCGGCCGCGCGCUCCGACCUGCCGGCCGCGCUGGCCGCCUUCGUCGCCAUGUCCUCCGCCGGGGCGCCACCCGUCCUCCGCACCUUCACCUCCCUCCUCAAGCUCUGCGCCGCCCGCGGCGACCUCGCCACCGGCCGCGCCGUCCACGCGCAGCUCGCCGCCCGGGGGAUAGACUCCGAGGCCCUCGCCGCCACCGCGCUGGCCAACAUGUACGCCAAGUGCCGCCGCCCCGCCGACGCACGCAGGGUGUUCGACCGAAUGCCUGUCCGGGACCGCGUCGCGUGGAACGCGCUCGUGGCCGGCUACGCGCGGAACGGCCUCGCCCGGAUGGCCAUGGAGAUGGUCGUCAGGAUGCAGGAGGAGGAAGGGGAGCGGCCUGACUCGAUCACGCUCGUGUCCGUGCUUCCGGCCUGCGCGAACGCCAGGGCGCUUGCUGCCUGCCGAGAGGCGCACGCGUUCGCGAUCCGUUCUGGGCUGGAAGAGCUUGUUAAUGUCGCUACGGCCAUCCUUGACGCCUACUGCAAGUGUGGGGACAUCCGGGCAGCAAGGGUGGUCUUCGACUGGAUGCCAACCAAGAACUCCGUGUCCUGGAAUGCCAUGAUCGAUGGAUAUGCACAGAAUGGGGAUUCAAGGGAGGCUCUGGCUCUUUUCAAUAGGAUGGUCGAGGAGGGUGUCGAUGUGACGGAUGUCUCUGUCCUGGCAGCACUGCAAGCGUGUGGGGAGCUUGGCUGUCUUGAUGAAGGGAUGCGUGUCCAUGAACUGCUUGUGCGGAUUGGCUUAGACUCCAACGUGUCAGUGAUGAAUGCACUCAUCACCAUGUAUUCCAAAUGCAAGAGAGUUGACCUGGCAUCUCAUGUGUUUGAUGAGUUGGACAGAAGGACGCAGGUAUCGUGGAAUGCCAUGAUCCUUGGAUGCGCGCAGAAUGGAUGCUCCGAGGAUGCGGUGAGGCUUUUUACUAGGAUGCAGUUGGAGAAUGUGAAACCUGAUUCAUUCACUCUUGUCAGUGUUAUUCCAGCUCUUGCGGAUAUUUCAGAUCCUCUGCAGGCAAGAUGGAUCCAUGGAUAUUCUAUCAGGUUACACCUAGAUCAGGAUGUAUAUGUUCUGACCGCCCUUAUUGAUAUGUAUGCAAAAUGUGGCCGUGUUAACAUAGCUAGAAUUCUGUUCAAUUCUGCAAGGGAGAGGCAUGUUAUCACAUGGAACGCUAUGAUCCAUGGUUAUGGAUCACAUGGUUUUGGCAAAGCUGCAGUUGAGCUAUUUGAAGAGAUGAAGAGCAUUGGCAUAGUGCCUAAUGAGACAACAUUCCUUUCAGUCCUCUCUGCAUGCAGUCAUGCUGGUUUGGUUGAUGAAGGACGGGAAUAUUUUACCAGCAUGAAGGAGGACUAUGGGCUUGAACCUGGGAUGGAGCACUAUGGUACCAUGGUGGAUCUUCUUGGCCGAGCCGGGAAGCUAGAUGAAGCAUGGGCUUUCAUUCAAAAGAUGCCUAUGGACCCUGGCCUUAGUGUUUACGGUGCGAUGUUAGGUGCUUGCAAGUUGCACAAGAAUGUGGAGUUGGCAGAAGAAUCGGCUCAGAAGAUUUUUGAGCUAGGGCCACAGGAGGGAGUGUAUCAUGUCCUCUUGGCAAACAUUUAUGCAAACGCUUCCAUGUGGAAGGAUGUUGCAAGGGUGAGAACUGCUAUGGAGAAGAAUGGCCUCCAAAAAACUCCUGGAUGGAGUAUCAUUCAACUCAAGAAUGAGAUCCAUACCUUCUACUCUGGAAGCACAAAUCACCAGCAAGCAAAGGAGAUAUAUUCAAGGUUGGCUAAGUUGAUAGAAGAGAUCAAAGCAGUGGGCUAUGUGCCAGACACUGAUUCAAUACAUGAUGUGGAAGAUGAUGUCAAAGCACAGCUGCUCAACACCCACAGCGAGAAGCUUGCCAUUGCUUUUGGGCUCAUUCGCACAGCCCCUGGCACAACAAUCCAGAUAAAGAAGAACCUCCGAGUUUGUAAUGACUGCCAUAAUGCAACCAAGCUAAUAUCUUUAGUGACAGGACGGGAAAUAAUCAUGAGAGAUAUUCAGCGAUUCCACCAUUUUAAGGAUGGCAAAUGCUCAUGUGGAGACUACUGGUAGUGAAGUGUUGAGACAGUUUGAAUCUGCACCCGGAGAUGAGGGAGCUUCAGAAAGAUCAGAGUAUCAGAUCUGACAAUUAGGUGAAACUAAUUGGCAAAGUUCUUAAGGGCUGUGCAGCUGCCUCUUAUAUCAACACUAAAUGGCUAAACUUGUGAAGUAUCUGAAAAUUGUUAUAGCCACUUCACCUUUUCAGGAAACAUACUGCAAAUUCCAGUCAGUCAUUGUAAAAUUGAAAUGCUUCUAUUUACAUUAAGAUACUAGUGCAUAGGGAACCUGUUCUUCAUAGCAACCAUGACUUUCUCAUGUCUUAUCUUUGGCCUGAGAUUAGAUUCACAUGUUCGGUCGAACUGUCAAUAACUGAAAGUUAUCAUUUUCUUCUUA